GGUCGGUUAGGGGUAACGGGGGAAGGUCGUGGCGCGUCGCGACGUAUCCUUAUUGUCCUACUUGUCCUAUACGAGUCUUUGACGCGAGCGAGUGUUUCGAGAGUUUCGUGGAGUGUCGAAAAUGAAGUAAAUUGUCGGGCGUUCGUACCAACAUUCGUUGUCAGUCGGAUGUGAUGCAUUGUGCGAAAUCGUGUCGCGUUCAAUCGUGUUUCGUAUCUUUUCCAUUGCCUCGUAUCCCGAGUUUACGACGCAUGUGAGUAUCGGAAGUGUUUUGAGAAUACCAAAAACGAAGGAUCGCGCGUUCGUGCUAAGUGUGAAUCGUCGGAUGGAGGAUCUUGGAUCUCGAUUCAAACGUUCGAGAGCUGCAACCGCGACAGAGCUAGUCGGAGCUAGACGGAGCUGGACGGAGCGACUAGCGGCGAACAAUUACGGUAGCAGUGAUGAAGAAUGCGAGACCGAAAACGUCAACAUCAUACCCACGCUUCCCAGUGUGAAGUCCACGAGCAAUCUACAAAUUUGCUCCGCUCCAGAAGUUGUACCACCUACCGGAACGGAAUUGUGUGUGAAACACGUAGACCCGAAUGCAACAGAACUUGCAUACAACCCAAAGUUUGAGGAGCUUUUUGGACCAGUGGUGGGCCCUGAGAAUCCAUUCAAGACACAGCAGCAGCGUGCAGCAAAAAAUAUGUUGUCUGGAUAUGUAGAGAGUGCUCAUAUUAGUGAAUUUCAGUUUGAAAAUCAAAGGAGAACGUUUGCCAGUUAUGGAUACGCUCUCGAUCCAACUGUGGAUGGUAGUGCAGACGAAGGUAGAAUUAUGAUUGGUGCGAUGGAAGCAGCAGAAGAAUCGGGCGGUAAGACCGUUUUUGAGAAUACUGUCUUGAGACCAUCGGAUAAACGAAAAAGACACAGAAAUAACAAUCCAUCAGAUAUAGAAGGUUUUUUGGGUCCUUGGGGUGGUUACAUCGAUGAAAAACGAAUUGUCAAGCCAAGUGAAGAGGAGUCUGCUGAAUUAGAAGAGAUCUUGGCCAAACGAAAUAAACGAGGAAAACAGAUGGAGGAGAAACCACUUGAGGAGAAGACAGUAUUACAUAUCAAAGACAGUGUGGAUUAUCAGGGACGUUCAUUCUUGCAUGCACCUCAGGAUGUAGGCGUGAACCUAAGAUCGGAAUCACCGCCCGAUCGUUGCUUCUUACCAAAGGCGCAAAUUCACACAUGGGAGGGUCACACCAAAGGCAUCUCGCAAAUCCGAUGGUUUCCACGCACAGCGCAUUUAUUACUGUCUUGUAGUAUGGACUGUCGAGUGAAGUUGUGGGAAGUAUACAAAGACAGGAGAUGUGUUCGUACGUACUACGGACAUCGACAGGCUGUUCGGGACAUAAGUUUCGACAAUGACGGCAAGCGAUUUUUAUCAGCGGCUUAUGAUCGCUAUGUAAAACUUUGGGACACGGAAACGGGAGCUUGCAUCAGUCGUUUUACAAGCAGAAAAAUCCCAUAUUGCGUCAAAUUUAAUCCUGAUCCAGAUAAACAGCAUCUUUUCGUCGCUGGUACCAGCGACAAGAAGAUCAUUUGUUGGGAUAUACGUUCUGGUGAAAUAACACAGGAAUAUGAUAGACAUUUGGGUGCUGUGAAUACCAUCACAUUUGUCGACGAAAAUAGACGGUUUGUUACAACCAGUGACGAUAAAAGUCUCCGAGUUUGGGAAUGGGACAUUCCAGUGGAUAUGAAAUAUAUAGCUGAUCCAUCUAUGCAUUCCAUGCCGGCAGUAACACCGUCGCGAAAUCAGAAAUGGCUCGCUUGCCAAAGCAUGGAUAAUAAGAUUGUUAUAUUCUCGGCGUUAAAUAGAUUCAAAAUGAAUCGAAAAAAGACAUUCACAGGGCACAUGGUUGCAGGAUACGCGUGCGGUUUAGACUUCUCGCCAGAUAUGAGUUAUUUAGUGUCAGGAGAUGCAGAUGGUAAAUGUUACAUAUGGGACUGGAAGACGACAAAGUUGUAUAAAAAGUGGAAGGCGCACGACGGGGUAUGCAUCGACGUGUUGUGGCAUCCACAUGAACCUUCUAGACUCGCUACUGCUGGCUGGGAUGGCAAGAUUAAGUAUUGGGACUAGAAUGCUCCUCACACGAGCUUUCCAUGCUUGUCUUUUGGAUCGCAUCUAGAUACUCAUGUGUUAAUGGCCGCUCUGCGCACGCCGCUUCUAUUGCACGAUUGUACAACGGCAUAACUGGGCACAACCGCCAUAUUAGUAAAUCUAUUGGA